AACAUAAAUGUUUGUUCCCACCCGAACCACAAAAACAGUUGCACCUUCAGUGCAGUUUGCUAACGUUUGUCAUUUCUGUUUUGCCAAUGGACUGACAGCAAUCAGCACAGAUGCUGCUGAAAGAUCUCCCCAGAGAAGCCCUGCUGCGGCCCUUGUCCAGGAAUGAAGUGAUAGGCAUGGUGGUGAGGCUGAGCAUCUUUGGUGCGGCCACAUACUACAGCAUCAAGUGGGUGGUGGAAGCGAUGGACCCCACCUCGAAACAGAAGAAUCAAGCCAAAAAAAGGGCAGAAGAGCUGAUGAGGAGAAUAGGUGUCGAGGGGGUCAAACUGACUGAGUAUGAGAUGAACAUUGCGUCCCUCUUAGUUGAUCCCCAAACUAUUAAGGUGUCUUGGAAAGAUAUAGCAGGUCUGGAUGAGAUCAUUAAUGAGCUGCAGGACACCGUCAUACUACCUUUUCAGAAAAGACACCUUUUACCAGACUCUAAACUCUUCCAGCCUCCUAAAGGUGUUUUAUUGUUUGGUCCUCCGGGAUGUGGUAAGACCAUGAUUGCCAAGGCAACAGCCAAAGCCUCGGGAUGCAAGUUUAUCAACCUUCAGGCCUCCACGCUGACAGAUAUGUGGUACGGAGAGUCCCAGAAACUGACCGCCGCGGUCUUCUCUUUAGCUGUCAAAAUUCAGCCCUGCAUUAUCUUCAUUGAUGAGAUCGAGUCAUUUCUAAGAAACCGCUCCAGUCUGGAUCAUGAGGCGACGGCCAUGAUGAAGGCCCAGUUCAUGAGCCUGUGGGAUGGGCUUGACACCUCUCCCACCACCCAGGUGAUGGUGAUGGGAGCCACGAACAGGCCACAGGACGUAGAUCCGGCAAUUCUGCGAAGGAUGCCAUCCACCUUUCAUGUUGGCCUGCCAAACACAAGGCAAAGAGAAGACAUCCUGCGGCUGAUUUUAGCAGGAGAAAAUCUGAGCAACGCUAUAAAUCUGAAGGAGAUUGCGGAGAAGACCGAAGGAUACUCUGGCAGUGACCUCCGAGAGCUUUGCCGCGACGCUGCCAUGUACCGGGUUAGGGAUUACGUCCGCAAGGAGCAUAUGAGGCAGAUCGCGCAGCAGCUGCAGGACUGCCAGGAGGAGGAAAGGGCUGUUGACGAAGAUCGGUUACGACCGGUGACGCAGCUGGACCUUCUCUUCGGCCUCGACAAGAUGCAGGAAUCCAAGCAGGCCACAUCUAUCAUCUUACCCUGCGUAGCAGAGGUUCCUCUGGACUGAGCACCCCCCCCCCCACACACACACACACACACACACACACAGAAUAUAUGAGAACUGUACAACACUGACUCUUAACUUCAUGCAUGAGACAACUGUCAAUCACUGUUUGUUCAGGAGCACAAAGCAACGAUUAUCAAUACUUCACAUAAGGUCAAAUGACAUUAACUGCUGUGAGAGUUAAUUUAAAUAGAGCAGCUGAUAAACACAUGAGCUGUGGGCACAGUGGCCUUCUGAGCAGAGUACUAACCUAAUCUGCUUAAUCAAUUUUACAAAUCAGCCUUAUUUUCCCUGCUUGUCAGAUGGAGCACAGAAGCAUCAAGAAAUAAAUUAAUCAGUUGAGCUCGACUUACAAGAUUUACACGCUGUAGUAUUUUAAGCGGUGUCUUGAUGACAAUUAUUCUUCAGCACUAGUGUUUCCAUAUCAGAUGUAAAUUUGGCUCCAUUCACAAUUCAAAGUCUUUUCACCAAAUUCUUUGAAAACUGUACUGACAGUUGUACUCUUCUUAAAGAUAAUUGCAUUUAGCAUGUAGUUCAGUAUUUUCUGUUUCAGGAUCCUUUUAACGCUGUUUUCUUGCUUUUGUUUUCAAUAGCUGUGUCUUGUAAGGAAUUUACUAUUUGAAAAUAGAUUAAAGUUUUAAACCAGCAUGUGACAUUAUAGAACUUUUGCUCCCGGGGAGCUUUAUUCUAAAUGUUUCUUAUGAAAUAAUUAAAUGUUAGGUAACAUUUUUGGCCUGAUGUUGGCGACAUCAAAAGUGUCUAGUGGUUUAGUUUCAACGCUGGAUUUGUGCAGUUAUCUAACUUCAGGUGAAAAUGGAGCCAGUUGUAGUUCACAAGUCAUUGUAAUCAAAUGAAAAGUGUGUUUCCGCUUGAUGCUUUUAUCAAAAUCAGCCUUGCUGAUGUGAAAAACUGCAGCGUAUACAUAUCUGAAAUCCUCUAUCAUUUACAUUUUAUUACAGGCCAGUGAAAAAUAAUGCUUAAUUGUAUCAUUUCAAAAUAUAGCAAAUCAAAUAUUGAUUAUGAGGUUUUCAGCUAGGCAUGAACCAUGUUACUUUUUUAAGUUAUGGUCUCCAAAGAGAUCUAAUUUUCCAACCUGCUAUUCCUGCAGUUUAAUCUGCUUUUAUUAGGAUUGCAGACUAAGUGGCUGAGGGGAUGGAGCAUAGAGUAAUGCAGCACUGCUUCAGCUGGCUGAAAGAAGGCUGUUAAUUCGGAUCAGGAAAAAGCGAGUAGUCCCCAUGUGAAAACUAAGAGAGCCUCCCACUGCUCUUAUUAAGGUAACGCUGCGUUAAACUACAGGCAGUAAGCUAUGAGCAGCAUGUCUGUUUAACAGAUGACUUCAGACUGGUUACCUGAGCAGAUGGCCUGACUAGUUAACUUCUUAUCAGCUGAUGUUGCUCUGUAAAGGGCACCUUGGAGAAAAUGUAUAUUAUCUUCUGAGCAAUUAAGCGUGUGUAUUUGCAAACUACUGCUGCAUUUAAAGAUUUUGCCCCAGUUUAUGCACACAAAUAAAAAUAAAUACACAUGGUAUGGUUUAGAAAGAGUGUUAGGACUGGAAUAAUCCAAAUUUUAGCAGCAGAAGGAAUCAUUGUUGCUUUUCUGUUUUAAACUUUUACGCUAAAUUAUCAGAUCAUUAGAUGAGGUCUGUGCCCUGUUAAGACUUCGAAAUGAACACAUGUGAUACUUCCUCAUAAAGGAUUGCAUUUCGAGGAGGUUUUUAAGCCAAUUUAUUUUGCUUUUCUUGCCAUAUGUUUUUGCUUUCCUCCAGUUAAAGCCUUUUCUAAGGUCAUCUGGUCAGGGUGUGUGUGAAACGGAUCUUCUGUGGGUGACAUGCAGCUGUUUUUCUGGCACCCACUGAACAAGUAGGGCCAUGUUCAUUAUUCACCCAUGUGGUGGCGCUAUAGAUUCAUCCUCCUGCUGCUGAGGCAGCUGUUACAGACUGCUUUUAUUUAGAGCAAUGUUAUUGCACUAUGGGAAAUAAAUGAGAUGCUGUGUUGUUUCUCCCUUAUUGGUUAAUCCAUUGAUGUUGAGACAUCUGUUGCUCUUCAUUAAAGAACCUCAGGUGACAGCUAAAGGUCAGAGUGAUGCCAUGUGAGCCACUGCUGCUUGUGAGCUGAAGCCAAAUUUCUAAAUGUUUUCUCUCGUGCAAUGAUGUGCUCCAUCAGUUACACAGCGUAGACACUCCCCAUUGAUAACAGUGAUCAUAUGUUGGACAUUCUCAGAACAUGUGCAUGUAUUCAAUGUGAAAUAUGUUUAUUUGAUGUAAACUAUUAAACUAUAUUUAUUAAAUGCGGUUGAAAAAG